ACAAACCCCACAAAGAUCGAGAAUGCAGCAAUCUUUGCGCUUGGAACUGCCACUGAUCGUUUACGGGCUGAUUCUCGUUGUGUGGGGAGUCAAUGGACUAAACAUACCCGAGUGCAGUGGUCAGAAUGGACUUAUCAACAAUACGCGAUCCAACUGCAGUUACUCCUUCAUCAAUUGCAAUGGCCAGAACUCGAUGUUUUGCACGGACAACACGACCUGCAAUGCCAACUUCACCUGUGGCGACAUAGUUCCGGUGGAUACUUCAACAGUGCCACCCAUCAUCACAACUCCAGUUGUGGUCACCACCGCCUCCACAACUGUUUCACCAGCCGAUAUCCGGCGAGCGUGUCGUCAGGGUGUUACCAAGAGAUUCAGCUAUCCGCAGAAUUGUAACUACUUCUACUACUGCGUCGAUGGCUUUCUACUGGUGGAGCAAUGUCCAAUUGGCUAUGCAUUCGAUCCCGAGACUGGAGCUUGUGGUGGUCGCAAACGCAGCUCCAGAGAUUGUGUCUUAAGGUGAAAAUAGUCGCACAGCACUUUUAAUCAAGCCUCUUGUCGUGUCAAAUUAAACCAUUAUAGCUAGAAAAUAAAAUGAAUUUAGAGUCUUAUCAGAAAACAAC